GGAUCCCGGAGACGCCGCUACCCGCUGGGGCCUGCGAGUCGCACGCCCUCCCCGAGCUUCUGCUCGCCGCUCCUUCGCGGGGCGAGGUCAGGUGUCCCCGUUCUCUUCUUUCCCUCCCCCACCUCGGUACCCGCGGGAGAUCCUGCCCGCCCCCUUUCUCUAGGGUGUAGCAGGCUGCGGAGCUGACGGCAGCCCCGCAGCCACCCUUCCCAAACUCUCCGGAAGCCGCCCGAGCUCAGGCCGCUGCAGCUCCGGCGGACCYACUGUUGGACCAGAGGCCCGGUCCUCCUCCCGCGCCCAAACUUGGAGCACUUGACCUUUGACUGUCGGAGGAGGCAGGCCCGCAGGUGGCUGGACAGCUGCGGCGCUGGGAGGGCAUCUUGCCUGGGGACCGUCGGCUGCACUCCCGGACUCUGGGCUUCGCUUCUGGGAUUGCAAGGUGUCCACUUAAGGCGCAUGUGGAUUGAGACCUAGAGUCAUGGAUGUUUGCGCUCGUCUUGCCCUGUGGCUCCUCUGGGGGCUUCUCCUGCAUCAGGGCCAGAGCCUCAGUCAUAGUCAUAGCGAGAAGGCCACAGGAACCGGCUCAGGGGCCACUUCUGAGGAGUCCACUGCAGCAGAGUUCUGCCGGAUUGACAAGCCCCUGUGUCACAGUGAGGAUGAGAAGCUCAGCUUUGAGGCAGUCCGCAAUAUCCACAAGCUGAUGGAUGAUGAUGCCAAUGGGGAUGUGGAUGUGGAAGAAAGUGAUGAGUUCCUGAGGGAAGACCUCAAUUACCAUGACCCAACAGUGAAGCACAGCACCUUCCAUGGUGAGGACAAGCUCAUCAGCGUGGAGGACCUGUGGAAAGCAUGGAAGUCCUCAGAAGUAUACAAUUGGACCGUGGAUGAGGUGGUACAGUGGCUGAUUACAUAUGUGGAACUGCCUCAGUAUGAGGAGACCUUCCGGAAGCUGCAGCUCAGUGGCCAUGCUAUGCCAAGGCUAGCUGUAACCAAUACCACCAUGACUGGAACUGUGCUGAAGAUGACAGAUCGGAGCCAUCGGCAGAAGCUGCAGCUGAAGGCCUUGGACACAGUGCUCUUUGGGCCUCCUCUCUUGACCCGCCACAAUCACCUCAAGGACUUCAUGCUGGUGGUAUCUAUUGUUAUUGGUGUGGGCGGCUGCUGGUUUGCCUAUAUCCAGAACCGUUACUCCAAGGAGCACAUGAAGAAGAUGAUGAAGGAUUUGGAGGGUUUACACAGAGCUGAGCAGAGUUUGCAUGACCUUCAGGAAAGGCUACACAAGGCCCAGGAGGAACACCGCACAGUGGAGGUGGAGAAAGUCCAUCUGGAGAAGAAGCUACGCGAUGAGAUCAACCUGGCCAAGCAGGAAGCCCAGCGGCUGAAGGAACUGCGGGAGGGUACUGAGAAUGAGCGGAGCCGCCAAAAAUAUGCAGAGGAAGAGCUGGAGCAGGUUCGGGAGGCCUUGAGAAAAGCAGAGAAGGAGCUGGAAUCACACAGCUCAUGGUAUGCUCCAGAGGCCCUUCAGAAGUGGCUACAGCUGACACAUGAGGUGGAGGUGCAGUACUACAACAUCAAGAAGCAAAAUGCUGAGAAGCAGCUGCUGGUGGCUAAAGAGGGGGCUGAGAAGAUAAAAAAGAAGAGAAACACACUCUUUGGUACCUUCCAUGUGGCCCACAGCUCUUCCCUGGAUGAUGUGGAUCAUAAAAUCCUAACAGCUAAGCAAGCACUGAGCGAGGUGACAGCAGCACUGAGGGAGCGCCUGCACCGCUGGCAACAGAUCGAGAUCCUCUGUGGUUUCCAGAUUGUUAAUAACCCUGGCAUGCACUCACUGGUAGCUGCCCUCAAUAUAGAUCCCAGCUGGAUGGGCAGUACACGCCCAAACCCCACCCACUUCAUCAUGACUGACGACGUGGAUGACAUGGAUGAGGAAAUUGUGUCACCAUUGUCCAUGCAGUAUGCUGCCUGGCUGAUGGGGCGUAGGUUCAGUGACCGCUCUCUCUGCUCUACAUCCGCCGGCUCGGAUGAUCAGUCCCUCUGGAAAUACCCGGCCCCCAGCCUGCAGAGCAGUGUCCGACAGCGCCUGACGGAACCACAGCAUGGCCUGGGAUCUCAGAGGUUGGUAGAGGGCGAGGCUGGCCACUUCUUGACAAGCCGGGUCUCUCUGCGGCGAAUGCGCAGCCUUUCAUCUGGACAGUCUUUCAGUUCUGAAGGCCACGGGACCAGCCCACCACCUGCCUCUGCUUCUUCUUCCUGUUCCUCUUCCACUACCACCACCACCACCACCACCAUCACCACCGUCCAUGUCCACCCUAUUUAUUAUCCCCACAGCACUUCCGAUUUCCUCCAGAUGGAUCCCUACCCUGACCCACCCCCUUCUGACAGCACCGCUGUGAUGCCUGGGCAUUCAGAGAGCUUGGGGGAUUUGACCCAUUCCGAUUCGGAGUCCUCCCUCCACACGAGUGACCGCCAGCGUAUGGCCCCCAAGCCUCUUCAAAUGGGCCGUGCUGCAGAUGAGGCUGUCAAUGUGAUGACUUCCAAUGGUAGCCACCGGCUGAUUGAGGGGGUUCACCCAGGAUGCCUGGUGGAGAAACUGCCUGACAGCCCUGCCCUGGCCAAGAAGGCAUUACUGGCGCUGAACCAUGGGCUGGACAAGGCCCAUAGCCUGAUGGAGCUGAGCCCCUCAGCCCCAUCUGGUGGCUCCCCACCUUUGGAUUCUUCCAGUUCUCAUGGCCCGAGUUCCCCAGACCCAGACACACCAUCUCCAGUUGGGGACAGCCGAGCCCUGCAGGCCAGCCGAAACACACGCAUUCCCCACUUGGCUGGCAAGAAGGCUGUGGCUGAGGAGGAUAAUGGUUCUAUUGGUGAGGAGACAGACUCCAGUCCAGGCAGGAAGAAGUUUCCCCUAAAAAUUUUUAAGAAGCCUCUUAAGAAAUAGGCAGGAUGGGGGUGGCAGUUGUGAGACAGCUUGUCCUUCCCUGGGUCUUCUGCCUUCCCUUCCUUCGAAAUAUCUGGCCCCUAGAUUGGGGCAUUGAAGGUCUGGCCCAGGGGCCUGGGUACUGUACAUACCUGCUGCCUCCAUCCUCAGUCCUUCAUCAUUAUUUAUUAACUGACCACCGAAGCCUGCCUGCCCUGCUUCCCUCCCAACCGUGGGCUGCUGCUGUCACUCCCUCUCCACUUCAGUGCAUGUCUUAGUUGCUGUUCCUUCAGCUCCCAUCUCCUCUGGGGUCCAGCUUCUGUCUGCUGUCCCAUUUUUGAGGUUUGGUUUUUUGUUUCUCUGUCUCCUGCUUUCAGGCUCCUCCCUCCCACCAUAUCCCAACUUCCCCUAGCAGUUGUGGGGAAAACAGGAGGAAUAACUUCUGACACUCGUGCCUCAUAUCUCUUUACCCAUGUAUAGUGGUUCUGUUGGCCCCUGACUGGGGCCAAGGGCCUAAUAUGUGACAUUUGUUCUUUGGGAGUAUGGUGGGCUGAAGAGAACCUCAUGCUGGAGUUCACUCAGGUCUCUAGGGAUCCAUAGGGGAGUGAACAAAUUCCCAGAGAAUAAGUCACCAGAGUUUUGAAGAGAGGCCAGGCUAAGGAUGGACUGGGAGAGACCUCUCUUAGUUGGAGGAAGAGUGAAUGCCAGAGCCAUGGGCUAUAAGGCAGUCACCUUUUCUCUCUUGUUGCAUCCACAUCUGCCUCCCUUUAUCCCGCUCCCCCAUACUGUAGGAGUGUUCGUCUCUAAGAGGUGCUGCCUCAAAGCAUCCCCAAGUAUACUCCUUGGGCUUAAAACAAUUGGCUUCCCUGGUUAUGGGAACCACAGUUGUAACAGAGGGUUUUUGUGGAGCCCUGGAGCUGUUGGACAAGGAUGUUGCUGUAUUUGAACCAAAAAGACAAAACAGUUUAAAACAAAUCUCCUGAAUUUCCCAAGUGCCUGCACAGCAUACUCCCACUUAGACCCCAUUUUCAUAUUACUGCAUAGCCUGGGCCAAAAUGGACACAACCAAUUUGGGGAAGGGAUGGCAAAGGGAGAUGGUAUAUGUGAAGGCUGUUGUGUGACCACUUCCCCCCAACCUUUCCAUCUUCUAGACAACUCUCUCUUUUACCUGUUUUUGCUAUGGCUGUAAAAGUAUUUUUCCCCUAUGCCCCAUUCUGCCAUGCCUUUAUCCUGGGAUCCUAUUUUGGGCCUGGGGUGGGUGCACCUAGGGCUGGUCUUAGGAGGGUGCUAGGCUGCAGACUGCCUUGUAUCCCCUGGACACCCUCACAUGGGUUUUUCUGUGUUAUUUCAUAAGACUCUUUGAAGUCCAAUAAAGCAUGUAGGAGA